AUGGAAGAGGAAGAAGCGACGCAGCAACGAGUCACGGCAUCGUCCCUUUCCACCGAGUCACUCGCUUCCACUGCUUACGAGGGAGCCCAACUCAUCUCGCAAACCCUACUACUCCAAUCUUCUUCGCCUCCCCGCGACAACGCUACUCGUGCGUUGCAUAUGCAAGGAAGCUCCACCGCAUGUAAGAUUGGCCGAGAUGAGAGUAAGGUGUCAGCUCAGCAUCCUGAUGAGGAAACUAUUGUAGAAGAUGCAGUUGAGGCACAUAAAAAACAGACAGAAAAUCAACUUCAGAUGUCUGUUUGUUCAACAUCAUUAUUUAAACCAUCACCAACCUCUGUGUCUCAGAAUUCACCAUCUGCCCCUAGUCCAACUAUACCAGAACAACGAUCAUCUCCUCCUAAGGCUAAUAGUGUACCAGUGCCAAAAGUGGAAAAAGGAACUCCUUCUGAUGGUACAAUCUUAUCUUCUGUUUCUGUUGCAAGGGCAUCUCCAUCUGAUGGAUACAACUGGAGGAAGUACGGCCAGAAGCAAGUGAAGAGUCCUACAGGUUCUCGAAGUUAUUACAGGUGUACCCAUUCAAAUUGUUGUGCUAAGAAGAUUAAAUUUUGUGACCACUCAGGAUAUGUGAUAGAGAUUGUUUACAAAAGUCAACAUAGUCAUGAUCCCCCACACAAAAUUGAUUCUCCCAAAGAAAGUAAUCUCGCACCUGCCAGUGAACCUAAAAUAGAGUGCAGUGUUCCAAAGCAGUGUAGCAGAGUUCUGAAUGAUUCUGAUCCAUCAUCUUCUCCAAAGGAAUGUUUAUAUGAAUCACCUUGCAGUGCUAAUAAGAAUCUAGAAAACUCAUCGAAUGGUGAGAAUGGUGUAGUUUUGUUGAAUGAAGAGCAUGUUAUUGACCCCAAGCCAAAAAGAAGGCAAGUUGCAUAUGAAUUAAUUUUUUUCAUAGGAAAAUUGAACAAAGGUGAUUUAACUUGCUUGGAUUCAGCAGUAAAAUCUGGAAAGAAACCAAAGUAUGUUGUACAUGCAGAAGAAGAUAUGGGGAUAUCAGGUGAUGGAUACCGAUGGCGCAAAUAUGGACAAAAAUUGGUGAAGGGAAAUCCACAUUUCAGGGGUAAAUGGUCACCUAGUGAUGUUGCUAGGUGGAAGGUGAACAAUGAGAAGAGAGGGAGGAUCAACGUGAUUGCAUUAGAUGUGAUCCAGCCUAAUGGUCUGGCUAGUUAUCGGAUACCUAAACUUGCCAGGGAUUUCAAGGAGGUUGACCUAGGGAAAGGGAGGAUGUUGAAGGUGGGGGUGAACCUAGUGUCUAUGACCCUUGGUCGAUGCCCUUCUGCUGGAUGUCCUGUCCGAAAGCACAUUGAGACUGAUGUGGAUAACGCAAAAGCUCUCAUUAUAACAUACAAAGGAGUACAUGAUCAUGACAAGCCUGUGCCCAAGAAACGACAUGGUCCGCCAAGUGCUUCUCUUGUCGCUGCUUCAGCUCCUGCUUCAAUAAACAAUUUGCAGUCCAAAAAAGGUGUCUUGAUACAAGACCAGGAAACUUCUGGUCAAUGCCCAGAGGACACAGAAGAAGAAGAAUUAACCGGAGAAGCGUUGGAACUUGGGGGUGAGAAAGCAAUCGAGUCAGCUCGAACUCUUCUAAGUAUAGGUUUUGAAAUUAAACCUUGUUGA